AAUAUAAGUAAUGUUUGAUUUCAGUGAUCAUAAACGGCUCUAAUAGUGAAAAAUAUGCUGUAGUGUUUAAAAAGUAGGGCGUGUCCCUUUAAAGCUUCCAGUAUUAUUCUAGACUAUGCUUACAGUAUCAUUCUAAAUACUAGUGUACUGAAAUAAGAUAACAACUGUUAUGUUUUCAAAUCUAGAGAGCAUAAAGUCAUCGAUAUUCAGGUUAGUGUCUCUUCACUGGUACGUGACACUACGCUCGCAGACUUUAACACAUAAGGCUUCACAGACGAUGGACUUCCAAUGUUAUUCUAGACUGUGCUAACAAUAGUAUUCUAAACUCUAGACUAUACAGAAAUAGGAUAGAAAUUGCAUUUAUUUUCAAAAUUAUGAAGUGCAAAGUCAUCGAUAUUCAGGUUAAUAUCUCUUCACGGGGCUGUUCAGUACAAGGGCAGAAUAUAGAGUAAAGUUGCGCUCAUGAAUCGCUAUUACUAAGCUCAAGAAUUUUCCACCCUAUUCCAAAUAAUUAGCCUUCAAACAUCGAUCUGUGCACAAACCACACGCGAACUCUUUGCGGGUACACAAGGGAGCUAACUAUAUGCUGCUACCUUAGAAAAAACGAAGAAGUUGCAUAAUAUGUUUAACACAAAUCGCUAAAUGUUUACUUUCUUUUCAGAGACUGACAGUCUUAUGGACAGGAUGAUGCUGUGAAAAUGUCAACAAUGACGUCUGAGGGAGAAGCGUACCUUGUCGGGAUGCUGUCGUCCAACUUCAACGUCGCCAUCACCGUCCCCGCCGCACCGUCCCAGCCUAGCAACGAUACCAUCACCCCCCAGGCGCUUGUUCUCACUCGAUUCGUCGUGCAGACCAUACUCGUUCCGAUCGUCGUCACAAUCGGGUUGCUGGGCAACGUCUUGAACAUCGUGGUACUGAGCCACCCUAAGAUGCGGACCUCGACCAACGUGUACAUCAUGGUCCUGGCCCUGGCGGACACCUUCUACCUGGUCUUCUCGUUCGCCCUGUCGUUCGCCCGCUGCUCCAACCUGGAUCAGAGUUACGCCGCCUUCCAGUUCGUUCCUUACGGACGCGUCAUCUCCGACACCGCCGGCAACACGGCCGUGUGGAUCACCGUCAUCUUCACCAUAGAGCGCUACGUCGCCGUCUGCCAUCCCAUGAAGGGGAAAGCCUGGUGCACGGUCACCAAGGCAAGGGUUGCUUCCUUCUUGGCUCUGGUCUUCUGCACGGCGAACACCAUCCCGGAGCUGUUCGAGCUGACGAUCAGGAUGUCUUCGGACGGCAGUUGGAGGUGCAAGAAGACGGACAUGGCCAGGAGCACGUCCUACCAGAUCGGGUAUAACUGGUGGUACGUGACUCUGUUUACCAUCGUGCCUUUCGUGUUUCUCAUCAUCUUCAACUCUCAGCUGAUUCGGUCGCUGCUCCGAGCCAAGAAGAAGCGACAGGUCCUUCUUCAGAACAACUCAGGAAACGUAAAAAACUCGCGAGAAGAGAACAAGGUGACCUUGAUGCUGGUUACCAUAGUGAUAAUAUUUCUCGUCUGCCAGCUUCCCUGGACUGUGUUGCUGCUGUACAGGUCGUAUCUGGACGACAACGGUUACUACGUCCCAGUCACCGAGAUCAAAAUAGCCGGCAACAUCUGUAACCUUUUAGUUCAAAUCAACGCAUCCGUCAACUUUUAUCUCUAUUCGUUUUUCAGCCGUAAAUUUCGUAAAACAUUCACGAAUAUAUUUUGUUUUAUAGCGACGUCGACAGAACAAACGUCCUUUGUGUGAUAGAGGGCAACGACUUCAUGGUGGUAUUUUGCUAGGUACUGUGAAAUGACGUCAUGUUAGUCUGUUGCUAGGUAAUGUGCAGACAAUAAUGUCGCGGUAGUCUGGUGCUGGGUGAUGUGCAAGCAAUGACGUCAUUAUCCAUGGUGCCAUAGUAUUGUUCGCUAUUUAACAGGGAGACAUGUAUCAUUAUUGUUUCGUCUGUUGGCAGAAGGAUAUACUGUAAAGACAUCAAGGUAUCUGAGAGAUAUCAUCCCAUCCAGUGUUGUUUUACAGUGUUAUACAUGUAGAUAGUACAGUUUCUAUUGGAUUUUCUAGUUUUGUUUAUCUGACAAAAUGGAAGAGACGGACUUUGACAUGAUUGUUGUGACUUGUUUAUUACCAGUAAUACUGUAAUAAAAAUAACCAAUUGG